UUAAAUCCUAACCGUCCUUGUCACAAGAAAACACACAUUCCGUCCAUUUCCUAACCGCAAGAUUCAGGUUUUGAGAAACACACGGAUAGGGAAUCUGGACCGUCCAGUUCUAUCAACCGAUGCAUUCCUCAAUCUUAUAAAUCUCCUUCGAUCUGUUAACAGAUGAAACUUUCGCAUUUGUCCGUCUCUAUCUUAUAGGCCUGUUCUUCGUAUCCUUCCGAGAUGGCUCGUACGAAACAAACUGCUCGUAAGUCAACUGGAGGAAAGGCUCCAAGGAAGCAACUUGCAACCAAGGCUGCCAGGAAGUCUGCACCAACAACAGGCGGAGUGAAGAAACCCCACAGAUAUCGCCCUGGUACUGUUGCACUUCGUGAAAUCCGAAAGUACCAGAAGAGUACUGAACUCCUGAUCAGGAAGCUUCCUUUCCAGAGGCUUGUCAGGGAGAUUGCCCAAGAUUUCAAGACUGAUCUACGUUUCCAAAGUCAUGCGGUCCUUGCCCUCCAGGAGGCUGCAGAGGCGUACCUGGUAGGUCUGUUUGAGGACACUAACCUGUGUGCCAUUCAUGCCAAGCGUGUGACCAUAAUGCCCAAGGACAUCCAGCUUGCUAGGAGGAUUAGGGGUGAACGUGCUUAAACAAUGAUCUUUAUCUCUAUGCUGUAUUAACUGUUGUCUGUCUCUUCUAUUCUAGA